CAGCCCGAGCUCGCGCCUGGGCACGGCCGUCGUGGUAAUGCAGAUAGACCGUCAAGAUGGCGACAGUCCUGUUCCCAAGAUGAGUAGGUCAGCACAAUGUGAACUUACGUCUGCACCACAAAGUCCUUAAGACAAUAUGCUCCUGAGCUACAUCUUCUGUUUUUCAGUAACAUUUAUGAUGAGCCAUAGUGAAAAACAUACCGAAAGACAGAAUCGUUCUGCACGCACUGAAGAUAAUGUACGUUUGGGGGCACAAAUGAGCAUUUGGAUCAUUUUCUUACCAACCUGAGAGGGCAUACGACGACACAGCCAGAAUAGUUAUGGUCAGUCAUGGAGAAUGACCAGGGAACCCAUCCCAGUGUGGGUGGUGAUUUUGUUUGUGAUAAAAUAAGUUUGAAAAUAGAAGAGGAAGAUGAUGGAAUUCCAAAUCACAAUUUGGAAGGAAUGGACUUUAAAAUUGAACAGGAGAACAGGAAAGCAUCUGACAGUGGUGAGGAGCAGGCAGAGAUCAGAGAGCCGAGCUACAGCUGUAAGACCUCGGGGAAGUGUUCCCCUGCUGACCACGAGGACGACUACGGGGCCCUGUUCUCACAGUACAGCAGCACGUUGUACGAUGUCGCCAUGGAGGCUGUGACGCAGAGCCUCCUGUCCAGCCGCAACAUGAGCUCCAGGAAGAAGUCUCCAGCCUGGAAACAUUUCUUCAUCUCUCCACAGGACAGCACGAAGGCCGUGUGUGUGUACUGCAUGAAAGAGUUCAGCCGUGGCAAAAAUGAGAAGGAUCUGAGCACGAGCUGUCUCAUGCGGCACGUGAGGAGGGCACAUCCCUCGGCGCUCAUCCAGGAAGAUGGCAGUGUGUCUGCCCUGGGCUCCCUCUCCUCCCCUGCACUGCUGCUCCCACCACAACCCGAACCUGUUGGAGACCUGGGCACCUUACUGUCACCCAUCAAACUUGUCCAGAAAAUGGCCUCCAAGAUCCCGUCUUCUGAGCAAGUGACGGAGGAAUCUGUGUCUGUUGUCUCUUCUGAAGAGGUCUCCUCUGACUUGUCCAUUACUGAGAAGUAUAGCCGGGAAGAAGCCCUGGUGGGGCCACCCCCACCGCUGCCCACUCGUCAGUAUGAUGACGCUGCAGGGAGUGGGCCAGAGAAGAGCCUCCCGAUUCCAAAGAGCACCUCUGGGUCUCGAAGGUGGUCUGCGGUCUGGAAGCACUUCUACCUGUCUCCUCUGGACAGCUCCAAGGCCGUGUGCAGUCACUGCAUGAGUGAGUUCAGCAGAGGGAAGAACGGGAAGGACUUGGGUACCAGCUGCCUCAUCCGGCACAUGUGGAGGGCACACCGUGCCAUUGUGCUGCAGGAGAAGAGCGAGGGUGCAGCCAUGCUGCCACCCAACACUGCACACUCCACCCUCCUUUGUGCCCUCCCUCCUGAAAGAGAUCCAAGUUUUCUGUCCUCUUCGCCAGGGAAGGCAGUACUAGAGGCCCCCUCAGCAUCCUCUUCCCCAGAUUUGCUGUCUGAGGACAUGCCAAUGCGUCUGAACCCCACAGAUGCACUGCUGGAAGAUGCGUCGGUGCUGUCAUCCUCUGAGGACAUCUGCAAGGCCUUGGUGGUGUCCUCUCCUGAGAAGCAGCAGGAUGAUGGGGCGAGCCCUCGCGUGUUUGAGGCUGGUGCUGUGUUCCAACAGAAUCAAAAGGUGAUGAAGAGACUGAAGUCUGAGGUUUGGCAUCACUUCUCACUAGCCCCCAUGGAUAGUCUGAAGGCGGUAUGCAGACACUGUGGUUGUGUCAUCAGCCGGGGAAAGAAGGGUGAUGUGGGCACCAGCUGUUUGAUGAGACAUCUCUACAGAUGCCACCCGGAAGUUGUUGGGCACCAAAAAGGCUUCCUGGGGACUAGUUUGUGCAAUUCUCAGUACUCCACCUUGGCGUCUGCAGAAAGUUCCUCCUCCAAAUUAACCGACUUGCCAGCGGUGGUCAGAAAAAGCAAUCCGGUUCUCUUUCCCGUUCACGGCAAAAAGACCUCCAAGCUGUGGAAUCAUUUUUCUGUCUGCUCCACAGACCCCACUAAGGUCAUGUGCUUGCACUGUGGCCGGACGAUCAGCAGGGGGAAGAAGCCGACUAACCUGGGCACCAGUUGUCUUCUGAGGCAUUUACAGAGGUUCCAUGGCAGCGUGCUGAAGACCGACGUCCCCAAGACCACUGUGCCCUGUUCUCCAGGCAGCCGUGUGCCCCUGAGUGCAGAAUUGUCAGGAGCUUCCUCCUUUGUCGACACCGAUGAGAAGUUUUAUGAUUCUCAUCCAGUUGCCAAAAAGAUAACAAGUCUCAUAGCUGAAAUGAUUGCACUUGACCUUCAGCCAUAUUCUUUUGUAGACAAUGUUGGCUUUAACCGGCUGCUCGAAUACUUGAAACCUCAGUACUCUUUGCCCUCCCCUUCCUACUUCUCCAGGACAGCUAUCCCCGGAAUGUACGAUAAUGUGAAACAGAUCAUUAUGUCACACCUUAAGGAGGCUGAGAGUGGCGUGGUCCACUUCACAUCUGGAAUAUGGAUGAGUAACCAGACCCGGGAGUAUCUGACCCUCACUGCUCACUGGGUCACCUUCCAGUCGUCAUUCUGGCUGCACUGUGAGGACCACCACUGCUCAGCACUGUUAGACGUGUCACAGAUUGACUGUGACUAUAGUGGCAGCAGCAUUCGGAAGCAGCUGGAAUGUUGGUGGGAGGCCUGGGUGAUAUCCACCGGCCUUCAGGUUGGCAUCACGGUGACUGAUAAUCCCAGCAUAGGAAAGACGCUGAAUGAAGGGGAGCACUCCAGCGUGCAGUGCUUCAGUCACACGGUGAAUCUCAUUGUCAACGAGGCCAUUAAAAGCCAGAGAAUGGUCCAGAAUUUACUCAGCAUCGCUCGGAAGUUAUGUGAGCGGGUGCUCCGGUCACACGAAGCCAAGGAGAAACUGGCGGAGCUGCAGAAGGAGUACGAAUUGCCGCCGCACCAUCUUAUUCAAGACGUCCCGUCCAAGUGGAGCACGUCGUUUCACAUGCUGGAACGGCUCAUUGAACAGAAGAGAGCAAUUAACGAGAUGUCCAUCGAGUGUAAUUUCAGAGAACUGAUCAGUUGUGACCAGUGGGAGGUCAUGCAGUCUGUGUGUCACGCACUGAAGCCCUUCGAUGCUGCGAGUCGGGAGAUGAGCAGCCACGUGUCCACCCUCAGCCAGGUCAUCCCCAUGAUCCACAUCCUGAACAGGAAAAUCGAGAUGCUGUUUGAGGAGACGAUGGGCAUCGACACCAUGCUGAAGUCUCUGAAGGAGGCCAUGGUGAGCCGACUGUCCGCCACCCUCCACGACCCCAGGUACAUCUUUGCUACAUUGUUGGACCCUCGUUACAAAGCCUCCCUGUUCUCUGAGGAGGAGGCGGAGCAGUACAAGCAAGAUUUAAUCAGGGAACUAGAAAUGCUGAAUUCUACCUCAGAGGACACACCUGUCUCCAAUGGGUGUGAUCCAGGCUCCCCAUCGAGGGACUCCAGUGGGGACGAGAGUCUGUGGUCACUCAUGGCCAAGAUAAAAAAGAAAGACCCAAGGGAAAAGACGAAGGUGCCUGAGGCCAUGGUGCUUGCAUACCUGGAGGAGGAGGUGCUUGAACACAGCUGUGACCCGCUCACCUACUGGAACCUAAAGAAGUCCGCCUGGCCGGGCCUCUCGGCCUUGGCUGUCAGGUUUUUGGGCUGUCCUCCGAGUAUAGUCCCUUCGGAAAGGCUGUUCAGCACACCCACUGAAAACGGUAGCUUUGGCCAGUCCAGGCUCAUGAUGGAACAUUUUGAAAAACUUAUUUUUUUGAAAGUGAAUCUUCCCUUAAUAUACUUUCAGUAUUGAAAUCCCAGUGGAGCCACCAGGCUAAAGAUGUUGCUCGUUAGGCACCAGCUGUUUGUUGCGAGCUGGUGGCUGGCACCAGUCGGAGCCAAGGAGGACAUCAGACCAGGCACUCUCAGGUCCACGCUGAGUUUCCCUUAGUUUCACUGUAAUGUCUCUAUGUGCCUUACUCGUAGUCCUUCAGGCCAGGUACCACGGUGUGUUUUUUACCAAGCCACUAGAAACAGCCUGUCUUGUCAAUGACAAUAUACAAUGAUUAUGUUUUAAUCCGUAACUGUAACAUUGUUUAAAAUCUUGGGGUAGACCUGCUUCUUCUCCUGUGAACACUCCCAUGCCUUUUCCUUCUUCCUGUUCUUCCCUCUCAUGUGUACAUCCCCUAAGGUCUUAGGGAAUCCCAGGAGUCUUGCAACCAGGGGAGCAUUUGGUAGCAGCAGCUUGUCCCAGGUUAACCCCGUGAAUCUGUCUCCAGGGCCACCUUUUCUCUGAUAUUCCAAUGAGCCAAAGCAGCCCCACCUAGUCUCCUGUUGCUUCUUUUAUUCUAAACCCAUCCUUGUUCCUCAGCUUUAAUAAAGGUACUAUGGAAAUAAAAUAGCUUCCCCCAGCCUGUUUGGCCCAGAAAUUAGAGCAUCACCCCAUGGACCAAAGCGUCACGUGUUUGAUUUCCAGUCAAGGUCUUCUACCUGGGUUGUAUAUUUGAUCCUGGCCCCAGUUGGGGUGGUGUGGGAGAUAACCAAUUUAUGUGUCUCCUUUACAUCAAUGUUUCUCUCCCUUCU